AGAAGGGUGAGAGCUGCUGCAGAACAACGCUUAGCCCGGCUGAGGAGUAAAACGCCACAUCUGCUGCAUCCAGACAUUCAUCCUGUUGUGAUAGCCAUGUUCUUGAAGCGUCUGCGGCCUCUGGCCUUCAGGAAAAUGUCCUUUUUGGUUUUCAUCCUGACUUCUGCACUCUCUGUGACUUGCCUGCCUGCUGACACAGACAAGGGAAGGAGAAAAGUGGUGCACGUGCUCGAGGAUGACACCGGGGCAGUGAUUGUGCAGACAGCUCCGGGUAAAGUGGUGACACACCGCGGCGGCUCCAUCACUCUGCCCUGCAGAUACCACCAUGAGCCGGAGAACACCGACCCCGCUCGCAUUCGGAUCAAAUGGACCAAAGUGACCGAUGCUCUGCAGUUUGAGGACGUCUUUGUGGCACUUGGGAGGGAGCAGCGUGUGUUUGGCUCGUACAAAGGCCGAGUGUUUCUGGAGCAGGCAGGACCCGGAGACGCCUCGGUGAUCAUCCAAAAUGUCACACUGGAGGACUAUGGACGCUUUGAGUGUGAAGUCACUAACGACAUGGAGGACGAUACAGGAUUUGUCAACCUUGACCUUGAAGGAGUGGUGUUUCCUUAUUACCCCCGAGAGGGGCGCUAUAAACUCAACUACCACCAGGGGGAGGAUGCCUGCAAACAGCAGGACGCCAUUCUGGCCUCUCACUCUCAACUGCACAAGGCCUGGCUGGAAGGGCUGGACUGGUGUAAUGCUGGAUGGCUGGAGGACGGCUCAGUGCAGUACCCUAUCUCUCAUCCCAGAGACCAGUGCGGCCGCAAGGACACCCCCGCUGGCGUCCGUAACUAUGGCUACAGGCACAAGGAGGACGAGCGCUAUGAUGCUUUCUGCUUCACUUCCAAGCUCAAUGGCAAAGUGUACUUUCUCAAACGCUUUAAGAAGGUGAACUAUGCAGAGGCGGUGAAGGCUUGCAUUCGAGAAGGCUCGGCUGUGGCCAAAGUGGGUCAACUGUACGCUGCGUGGAAGUUCCAGCUCCUGGACCGCUGUGAGGCCGGCUGGCUGGAGGACAGCAGCAUCCGUUACCCCAUUGUCAACCCUCGCUCUCGCUGUGGAGGAUCCCAGCCAGGCGUCCGACACCUGGGCUUCCCUGAUAAAAAAUUCCGCCUCUACGGGGUCUUCUGUUUCCAAAAGAACAAGGAUGAAACAGCAGGUGGUACUGUCAUGACAAAAAGCCCCACAGAUAGUUUGACAACGAAGAAAAGCAGUAGCAGCAUGGCCACAAAUGCUACAAGGGGGAAUUAAAGUGGAAAGACUGAGAGCAGAAGGAGGAAGCAAUUUUAGAUUUGACAGCAACAACUGUCGCCUAGCAGGAAACUAUCCAUCGCUUACAAAGUAAAACACCAUCCGACAAGAUGCACUCAUUUGCAGAAGUGAGGUUAUGGCGACGUAUUUAUUAGGGUGAGUUUCCCUUUGUCUCAAGCCAGUCAAUACCCUAAAGGAGUGAGUAUUUUAGCACAUCUUUCGCUGGAUAGCUGUGAGAUUUAACGGCAGCUUCAUCACUCAGGCACACAUCACAUCAGAGAAUCUGCAAUAAAUAUCCUUGUUUACGAUUGUGUGUGUGUGUGGAUGAUAUUUUGGCCUUCGCUUUGGCUGCUGAGCUCCAGUCUGAGCCAGGGUCCCAGUCAGAGUCAAAACACUCAUGACGUGCAUGGUGAGACAGGAUCAUCUGCCAGAUGGAAAUAUAAUCCUUUUAGUUAUAAAUUGUAAUUGGUCAUUUGUAACUUGCCUGUAUCUGGGUGCCAUGCUUCGUUAGCAAGCGUCUGGCACAGCGCAAGUCAUUUUCCUCAUUAACUAAGACCAGGCAAUCUUAUCAUCAGAGCUGAACAAGUAGUACAUAUUGUACUAGCUCUAAAAAAUGUGCACUUUAAAAUACAUAGAGCUUUAAUUUAUGAUAGCAUCUUAGCUGAGACUAAAGCGAGCAUGUACUGCUUGGCUGACAGUAUAUGCUGAGGCUGAUUAGUCAGAAAUAUAAAGCUACAAUAAUUGCUGUUUACCUCACAUACUUCUAAGCUACCUGGUCCACAAAUUGCACUAUAAAUGUUUGCAGCAACCUUUAUUACUGUGUAUGUUUACGACGAUGAAUAAAUGUAUGUUCUGGGAAAUAAAAA